CAAAAAACACCCAAAAAUUAAACAAAAACAAAAAAGAUACUAAAAAUACCAAGUAAUAGAGAAAUGGAGAAAUAUAAACAUCAGCUGAUUGUAAACCCUGCUGGCCGGCCUGUGAGGUGUUGACACGGCGAGGCAGCGAAGCGGAGGCAGGGACACCAACACAUACCGCGUUAUUUAUGUCAAAAAGGCUAAUUUCACUCGCAGGUCGCCAGUUUAACAAGAAAAUAAGGGUUGAGCGUCAGGCAGGAAGGAUGAGGAACCUAGUUAAAGCCGCAGAUGGCACAGUGGGAGACGAGACACCACCUAGUCCUCAUCUCCCCGCCACCUGUCAAAUGCUAGACACGCCAAUCAAGUCCAGGUGUGACAAGAAGGAGUACAGGGUUAUCAAGCUUGAGAACGGCCUCACAGCGCUUCUUGUGUCCGACAUCAACAGGAUACAACAUUCUGAGGAGGAGGAAGAAGAUGAAGAUUCUGACGAAUCGGAAGAUGACGACGACUUGGAGGAUGAAGAGUCAGAUAUGGAGACUGAAGAUGAGGAGGAGGAGGAGGAGGAGGAAGGAGGGAAGGAUUGCAAACAGAAACUGUUAGACACCACAAAGUAUCUGGCUGCAUUCCUGACAGUUGGUGUGGGCAGCUUUGAGGAUCCUGAGCACAUCCCUGGCCUCAUGCAUUUCCUGGAGCAUAUGGUUUUCAUGGGCUCAGAAAAAUUCCCUAAGGAGAACGACUUUGAUUUCUUCAUCACGAAGCACGGAGGCCACGACAAUGCCCACACAGACAUGGAACAUACCACCUUCUACUUUGAGGUGCAGGAACGUCACUUGGCAGGCGGUCUGGAUAGAUUUGCCCAGUUUUUCAUCAGCCCUCUCAUGAAGCAGGAAGCCAUGGAGAGGGAGAGGGAGGCUGUGCAUAGUGAAUUCCAAAUGGCCCUGCCUGAGGAUGCUUACAGAGUGCAGCAAAUCUUUGGAACCUUUGCCACGGAGGGACACCCAAUGGGGAAGUUCACUUGGGGCAACGAGACAACGCUGAACACUGGCAUCCCUGACGGCUUGCACACUAAGCUACAUGAACUGCGCCUCAAGUAUUACUCUGGCCACUACAUGACAUUAGCAGUGCAGGCCAGGCUGUCCCUCGAUGCCCUGCAGGAACUAGUCUGCAAUAUAUUCUCCCAGGUCCCAAACAACAAGCUGGCCAGACCGUCCUACACACACCUUGAGUUCCCCUUCCCUGUGGACAAGUUUCACUGCCUGUGUCGUGUUGUGCCCACCAAAGAGGAACACAACGUGGAGGUGAAAUGGGCCUUACCUUCCCUCCUUUCCCACUACCAGACCAAGCCCCUGCACUACAUAUCUCACCUCCUGGGACAUGAAGGCCAGGGCUCCAUUCUUUCAUUCCUCAAAAAGAAAGUGUGGGCGUCAGAGCUGUACUCGGGCAAUGAUGAGUCUGGCUUUGAGCACAACAGUACCUAUGCCAUCAUGAGUAUAAGUGUUGACCUCACUGAUGAAGGAUUCGCUAACUUGAAGAGGUGAGUUCUGUGUGUCAUCUUCCAAUACUUGGCCAUGUUACGAGAGGCUGGCCCCAUUGAGAGAGUCUUCAGGGAGAUACAGCAGAUAGAGAAGCUCAAGUUUGAAUAUGCCGAGGAAAUGUCAACGGUGGAGAAUGUGGAGAACUUAUCAGAGGCAAUGCAGCUUUAUCCACCUGCCCACUAUCUCACUGGAGAGGCUCUACAGGACCACUAUGACCCCAAGAUCAUAAAGGAAUGUCUCGAUGUGUUGCUUCCCGAGACUUGUAACAUUAUCAUCAGCUCCAAGACACAGGAGGACCUUUGCCACCAGACUGAGAAGUGGUUUGGCACCAAGUAUUGCACUGGAGAAAUCCCCAAGGCGUGGGAGGAGCGAUGGGCCACCCUCCCCUCUAAUCCAGACCUGUUCAUCCCCACCCCAAACGUCUUCAUUCCCGACAACUUUGACCUUCAGGAAGCAGAGAAGGAUGUCCCAGAAUACCCUGAGUGUCUGCUGGAGGAUGAGAGAGGAAGGCUUUGGUUCAGGCAGGAUGUCAAGUUUCAGCUGCCAAGAACUUACUGUUACAUUUAUUUCCUCAGCGACGUCACUGUCAAGUCUCCGAGAAUGGCGGCACUGCAGGACCUGUUUCUGAGUCUGUUUGAGCAGCAGGUGAUGGAGGACGUGUACCCGGCUAACAUGGCCCAGUACGUCUACUCCUUCCUCAGUGGCAACCAAGGCCUUCUCCUCAAAGUCCAUGGAUUCAACCAGAAGCUGCCGGAAAUUCUUGACCUGCUGCUGGACAACAUUGAGAACUUUGGCAAGACCCUUGAUGAGAAGACUUUCCUGGAGAUGCGACAGCAGCACAUCAAAGGUUACUACAGCAGUGUCCUCAAGCCAGACAAAUUGCGCAAUGACCUGCGACUAGGUGUUCUGCAGGAUGUUCACUGGACACGCCUGCAGAAACUUAAAGAGACCAAGACAGCUACUAUCAAAGACAUUCUGGAGGAGUUUGUCCCUCACGUGUUGUCCCCAAGUAGUGUUCGGGUUCUGGUCCAGGGGAACAACACAAGGGAGGACGCCAAGGAACUGUAUGGGCUGGUGAAGAAAAGGUUACGUCCACCACCUGAAGAGCCACUCAUGGAGCUGUGCACCAAUGAGCUGGCCAAGGGUGCCUGGGCAAUGAGGGCCAAGGCUGUCAAUCCUGCCAACACCAACUCUUCCAUAAUCAGCUACUACCAGCACAAACAGGGCUCACUCAAACUGGAGGUGAUGCACGAGUUUAUUGAUAUGGUGAUGGAGGGACCAGUGUUUGACCAGCUGCGGACCAAGGAACAGCUGGGUUACCACGUUCACUGCACCAACCACAACACUUAUGGCAUCCUGGGACUCUCCAUCACUGUCAACACUCAGGCUAACAAGUUCAGCGCCUCACAUGUGGACCAAAGAAUUGAUGCAUUUGUGGCGGAGUUUGUGAAGACAGUGAAGAACAUGGGAUCAGCAGAGGUGGCUGAGCUGAAGGAGACUCUCACCAGUAUGAAGCAAACUAUUGAUCUCACGCUGAAGGAAGAGGUCGACCGUAACUGGAGUGAGAUUGUCCAUGGGGAGUACCUCUUUGACCGGCUCAAGAAACAGGUUGGUUUGAUUGAGGAGUUCACACACAAGGAGGUGGUGGAGUGCCUGCAGGAGUUAAUGAGUGCCAAGUCACCACACUACAAGAAGCUGAGUGUGCAGGUUGUGGGUGCCAGUGAGCCGGAGUCUGGUGCACCUCCAUCACUAGAUGCCCUGCUGGACAAAGAUGGUGUUGUGGACUUCUUGCUGCCUGAGGAGGGAGAAGAGAGCUGUGUCCCCAAGGAGCACUUCAUCACAGACAUCGCUGCCUUCAAGGACAAACUCAAGCUUUACCCGCCCACCAAGUUAAUGUAGUGCUCCAGCCAGUGGUACUGUCAUUCUCGUCAAGAUGGUUGUAAGGUUUGUAUGGAGAAACACUUCGCUCUCCUACCACGGCCAAUUCUGAAGGCCACAGAUGUAAUUGUCUGUGUCCUCAAGAGUGUUUCUCUAUUAAAUAUAAAAGCAUCCUUGAAAUUCCAUGUAAUUUCACCAUGACCAGUUUUGAAGGCCAUAGAGAUGAUUAGCGAGGUUCUGAAAAGUGUUUGUCCUAUUCAUAAUGUGAAAAUUUUGUUAAUCUGUCACUUGAACUAUCAAAACACUCUUAAAAUCUUAAAUAACUUCAUCAAGGCUAUUUUCUAAAGGUUUCAAUAUUUCUUUCCCCAAAAAUGUUGAAAUUUUCUUGACCAGUCUCUAGAAACAUGACAAAAUCUUGAGAGCAGUGAAGGUGUUUCAGAAUGUGGGUGAACUAGAUUCCUUUGAGAGCAGUGAAUGUAUGACGCUGAGGUGUUUCAGAAUGUGGGUUUGAAUCUCGCUCGUCACGUUUGUCUUUCUCUCGGAGCUUUUCCUGAGUCGCGAUAUUAUCUGAAGAGGCUGUUGAGUGAUAUUUGUGUAUAUUUUUAUUCAUAUGCUGUAAGAAUGGGAACACUCACCACAACGCAACAUGAUGCUCAUCACCAUAUUUUUAUAUAUAUAUUUUACUUGUUGAAUGACUCAUAAGACGACAAUUGCUGCUUGAGAGAAGUGGUUUCUGUUUGCAGUUGUUUUCAUGUUCAGUGUGAAACUUUGGUCUAUGUAACAUUUUGCUCUUUAAGGACAGUGGACAGCAAAAACAUGAUUUUCAUUACAGACCUGGAAAAUGGAAUUUUGUAUGUUUGAAUUGUCUUUUUAUUUAUUUAAAAGGAUUUAAAUGCCCAGCUGCAGCUAGUGCUUCUGUCCUUUGGAAAUUUAUGUCUUCACUUCUUUGGUGUUGUCCCUGUGACAACACUGCUUUAUAGGAGCGGGAGAAAUAGCUGUGAGCCGCCAUGCGGUGACAGGACUGACUCCAGCCACGUGUGCCAUGUGUAGCACAACAAAAUUAAUGUCACUUCUUCAGCAACAGGUGCCAUGCCACUCCCCUUGAAUGGUGUGCAUGACUGCAUGUCUCACUAUCAAUCACACUGUUGAAACCAGGUUCCAUAUUUGUAGUUCAUGUGUGGGCAUUUGUCAGCAGAAGACAAUUUGGCAAACUGCAGAACAAUUAUGUGUCCUUCAUUUUGUCUCUAGGCCCCUUAUCAAGGUUUCCUUACUGGAAUGUACUCUGUUACUCUACAUUCUAUUGGAGAAUUUCCAACACACUCACCUGUACAGCAGGGAUUCUCAACCUGGGGAAUGCAUACCACCAGGGGUACAUGAUGUGAAAGGUUUCUCAAAAUACUCUGGUUUUGAAUAAUUGGUAAUGGUUUCAUGGCCAAUUAAGAUUAAAAAAGGUUGAGAACCCCUGGUGCACAGCAUGCCUUCAUUGAAUACACUUGCACAGUAUGCCUCCUCCCAUCUCUUCACUGAGAUAUUGACACAUUUACAAGUGUUUCUCAGUGUUGCCACCCAUCAAAAUGGUGCUGCACAGCUGCACAGUCUACCUUGCUCAUUCAUCAGCUUUCUAAAAUCUCUUGAAAGCAUCACCUUGAACACUGUGAGUUUGAGUGUUUUUCUCACACUCCAAGUAUAUAUUAUAGUCUCCUGUAAAGAGAGCAUGGCAAUAAUCACUGGGAGGUUUUGCUCAGUAUAGAAGCUUCUGCUCCCCACAUUGCACCAUCAAGCCAGAACAGAAGGACUCUUCACCAGAUGAAUGAAUGCCUUCCUUCCCAGGUAUCACUUUCCUUCUCUCACUACAGUUGAAGGUCAUGUGGCUCUGGUAGGCUUACAAGAGUGCCAUGGCUCUCAUUGAGUACUGUUGUGAGGAUCAAGCCCACCACAACCUUCAGAGUGCAAGCUGAAUACUCUACCACAGGACCACCAGCUCCUCUUAAUAAGUAGUGAAUUAGAUUAUUCACAAUACAUAACUGUUGACAAUAAAAACUCUGUUGUGGUCCUUAUCUUGGCUUAUCUAUUUCAUUUUUUGGAGUUUUAAGAGCACGGAUGUGUGUGUGUGUGUGUGUGUGUGUGUGUGUGUGUGUGUGUGUGUGCAGAUAUGGUUCUGUUGUGUAGAUAUAGAAUUGUGGUUCUUCAACUCUAUCCCUUCACGUUCAGUUUUGCUGAUUCCAUGCACUGAGACGUGCAUUGUGACAAUACCUGGCCAUCUCACCUCUGAGCAGCAUUGAACACCACUCAAAACCAAGCAUCACAUUCUCAUCAUUGUCUCUCAUUACAUGUACAGCUUUUUCAUAUUUUGUUAAGCUGAUUGUAUGAGUAAAUAAAAUGUGAAAUAAAAAAAA